CUCGCCAGAAGUAACAGCAACAAAUUGGUUUUGAGAAAAGUUCAGCCAGAAGUUACGGGUCGAUAUAAAUGCGAAGUUUCAUCGGAUGCUCCAAAUUUCUAUACUGUUAUUGACUCUGGAUAUAUGUAUGUCGUAGACAUCCCUCUUGGAGAUCCAGUUCUUGAUACUGAGAAAGAAUUAUUGGAAGUAGGAGCAACACUGAAGGGAAACUGUUCCUCAGCCCCCUCCUAUCCAGCUGCCAACAUCACGUGGUUUCUCAAUGGAAAACAGGUUAAUGAUUCGUUCGUCAAAAGAUCCCAGCGACAGCAUCCCUUCGAAAGUCGAAGAGCAACCCCGGGCACCAACAAUCGUCGAGUUCCGCUAAUAACCGAUUCAGCCCUGGAGCUGGAGAUGGAUGGAAAUACAUUUCAUGCAGGGAAAGCGAAAUUAGUAUGCAAGGCCAGUAUAUUCAAUUUAUACCAGAAGGAAAAGGGAAUUAUCCUGGAGGAGGAGAGGCCGAAACCUAGACCGUCAUCGGUGUUGAGCAACCGUGAAGACAAGUCAGGGGCAUCAAAAAUAACCAUCUACAAUAUUCUUCUGGAGUUGCUAGUGAUCACCUGCAUUUUGAAGCGGUAACAAUAGAAAUCAGACUUCGACUACUUUUCUUGUAUAUGAAUGGAAGAUUGUAACAAGUAGUGCUGUGAUUGACUGAUAUGGAAUUGAUGAGGGGAAUAUUGAGACACUUGUGUGAAUUAUGUCGUCAUUAGUGAAAUUAUUUUGAUAGAGGGUAUUGAACAGGUGAUGAAACGAAAUCUUUGAAAGAUAUGUUUGUGGUUUAAAGACGAAAAAUUAUCGCUUAAUUGAGUAUGUUCAAAAUUGUGACAACAUUGAGUUUUCAGUUGAACUUGAUUUUUUAUAAACGUACUCAGAGAUUAUUCGUUCAUCAAGAUCUUGACACUUACUAAAAUUACUACAUUUCCAUUUUCUAUCUCGCAACAGUAAAAAAAAACCUCAAUUUUAACAUUUGGAAUAUGAUUUUAUUCACAAAAUCGUAGAUUUACAUUUGAGAUUUGAUAGUCCUGUGAAAAUUCAAAAUAAAAGCUGGAGGGUAUAGGUUUCCUGUAAAUAUUUGAAAUUUACUCAUAGUUAAUUGUAACUGGUAUUCGUAAUGUACCCAUCUACACCGAAUUCCUUCCAUUGCAAACCUUUAAAACAACUUAUUUUAUAAGUUUUAUGUUAAUUGUAUUAUAAUAAUAAAGAUGUAUUUCCUG